UCCCCCGCCGCUCCCUCCUCAUCCCUCCCCCGCCACCUCCCCUCACCCCGCCUCCUUCCCUCUCCCCACCCCCAAACCCGCGCGCUCGCGCCAGUCCGGUGCGAGGCCCCCUCCCGAAGGUGAGGGGAAUGGAUUGGACUCCAGUGGGGAAAGCGGGAGUCUGGAAGUGGUGCUAAUGGGAAGAGCUUCCCGGUUCUCAAAGAGGAUGCUCUGCCACAAAGAGCGGCUCGCCAGCCGGCCUGGGCUCUAGCGGAGAGAUCCCGGGAGAACUCCGGAGCUCGGGGGAGCGCUCCUCGGAAGACCCGAGUCAACAUGCCUGUUCGCAGGGGGCAUGUGGCACCACAAAACACAUUUCUGGGCACCAUCAUACGGAAAUUUGAAGGGCAAAAUAAAAAAUUUAUCAUCGCAAAUGCCAGAGUGCAAAACUGUGCCAUCAUCUACUGCAAUGAUGGGUUCUGUGAGAUGACUGGUUUCUCCAGACCAGAUGUCAUGCAAAAGCCCUGCACCUGUGACUUUCUUCAUGGGCCAGAGACCAAGAGGCAUGAUAUUGCCCAAAUCGCCCAAGCAUUGUUGGGGUCUGAGGAGAGGAAAGUGGAGGUCACCUACUAUCACAAAAAUGGUUCCACUUUCAUUUGUAACACACACAUAAUUCCAGUGAAAAACCAAGAGGGUGUGGCCAUGAUGUUCAUUAUUAACUUUGAAUAUGUGACAGAUGAGGAAAAUGCUGCCACCCAAGAGAGGGUAAACCCAAUAUUACCCGUCAAAGCUGUAAACCGAAAACUUUUUGGGUUCAAGUUUCCUGGUCUCCGAGUUCUUACUUAUAGAAAACAGUCCUUGCCACAAGAAGACCCUGACAUGGUAGUGAUUGAUUCCUCUAAACACAGUGAUGAUUCAGUAGCAAUGAAGCACUUUAAGUCUCCUACAAAAGAAAGUUGCAGCCCCUCCGAAGCAGAUGAUACAAAAGCCUUGAUACAGUCCAGCAAAUGCUCUCCUUUGGUGAAUAUAUCUGGACCACUUGAUCAUUCCUCACCCAAAAGGCAAUGGGACCGACUCUACCCUGACAUGUUGCAGUCAAGUUCCCAGCUGACUCAUGCCAGGUCCAAGGAAAGCAUUUGUAGUAUACGGAGGGCUUCUUCAGUUCAUGAUAUAGAAGGAUUCAGCGUUCACCCCAAGAAUAUAUUUAGAGACCGACAUGCCAGCGAAGACAAUGGUCGAAAUGUCAAAGUUUCACGUUCCUGGAUGGCAGGGGGGCCUUUUAAUCAUAUCAAGUCAAGUCUCCUGGGAUCCACGUCAGAUUCAAACCUCAACAAAUACAGCACCAUUAACAAGAUUCCACAGCUCACUCUGAAUUUUUCAGAUGUCAAAAAUGAAAAAAAGAAUACAUCCCCUCCUUCUUCAGAUAAAACCAUUAUUGCACCCAAGGUUAAAGAUCGAACACACAAUGUGACUGAGAAAGUAACCCAGGUUCUCUCUUUAGGAGCGGAUGUCCUGCCAGAAUAUAAGCUGCAAACGCCACGCAUCAACAAGUUUACAAUACUGCACUAUAGCCCUUUCAAGGCAGUCUGGGAUUGGCUUAUUCUGCUGUUGGUGAUCUACACUGCUAUAUUCACCCCAUACUCGGCAGCCUUUCUCCUCAAUGACAGAGAAGAACAGAAAAGGAGAGAGUGUGGUUAUUCUUGCAGCCCUUUGAAUGUGGUAGACUUGAUUGUGGACAUUAUGUUUAUUAUAGACAUUCUAAUAAACUUCAGAACAACAUAUGUAAAUCAGAAUGAAGAAGUGGUAAGUGACCCAGCCAAAAUAGCAAUACACUACUUCAAAGGCUGGUUCCUGAUAGAUAUGGUUGCUGCAAUUCCUUUUGACCUGCUGAUAUUUGGAUCAGGUUCUGAUGAGACAACAACAUUAAUUGGUCUUUUGAAAACAGCUCGACUUCUUCGUCUUGUGCGAGUGGCACGAAAACUUGAUCGAUACUCAGAAUAUGGCGCUGCUGUUCUAAUGCUCUUAAUGUGCAUAUUUGCCCUUAUUGCUCACUGGCUGGCUUGCAUCUGGUAUGCAAUUGGGAAUGUAGAAAGGCCUUACCUGACUGAUAAAAUUGGAUGGUUGGAUUCCUUAGGAGAACAAAUUGGGAAACGUUACAAUGACAGUGACUCAAGUUCUGGACCAUCUAUUAAAGACAAAUACGUCACAGCACUUUAUUUUACCUUCAGCAGUUUAACCAGUGUAGGAUUUGGGAAUGUGUCUCCUAAUACCAAUUCGGAGAAAAUCUUUUCAAUCUGUGUCAUGCUGAUUGGCUCAUUAAUGUAUGCAAGUAUAUUUGGAAAUGUGUCUGCAAUUAUCCAAAGACUGUACUCGGGAACUGCCAGGUACCACAUGCAGAUGCUUCGAGUGAAAGAAUUUAUUCGCUUUCACCAAAUACCCAACCCUCUGAGGCAACGACUAGAAGAAUAUUUCCAGCAUGCAUGGACUUACACCAAUGGCAUUGACAUGAAUAUGGUCCUAAAGGGUUUUCCUGAAUGCUUACAAGCUGACAUUUGUCUACAUCUCAACCAGACUUUGCUGCAAAAUUGCAAAGCCUUUCGGGGGGCAAGUAAAGGUUGCCUUAGAGCUCUGGCAAUGAAGUUCAAAACCACCCAUGCACCUCCAGGAGACACCCUGGUUCACUGUGGGGAUGUCCUUACUGCACUUUAUUUCUUAUCCAGAGGCUCCAUUGAAAUCCUCAAAGAUGACAUUGUGGUAGCUAUUCUGGGGAAAAAUGACAUAUUUGGAGAAAUGGUCCAUCUUUAUGCCAAACCUGGAAAAUCUAAUGCAGAUGUACGAGCUCUCACAUACUGUGACUUGCAUAAAAUCCAGAGAGAAGACUUGUUAGAGGUUUUAGAUAUGUAUCCAGAGUUUUCCGAUCACUUUCUAACGAAUCUAGAAUUGACGUUUAACCUCAGGCAUGAGAGUGCAAAGGCUGAUCUCUUAUUACGUUCACAAUCCAUGAACGACUCUGAAGAUGACAACUGUAAACUGCGAAGGAGGAAAUUGUCAUUUGAUAGUGAAGUAGAAAAAGAUUUUGGCAAAGGAAACAGUUCAAAUGAUCCUGAAGACUCUGUGGACACCAUAAGACAUUACCAGAGUUCCAAGAAACAUUUUGAAGAGAAAAAAAGCAGGUCUUCGUCUUUUAUCUCCUCCAUAGAUGAUGAACAAAAGCCUCUCUUCUCAGGAAUAGCCGAUUCCCCAAUAGGAAUAGGAAAAGCAACUGGACUCAGUUAUGAAGAAACUGUUCCCAUCUCAGGAAGAAUUCACAUAGAUAAAAGAAGUCACUCCUGCAAAGAUAUUGCUGACUCCAGAAACUGGGAACGAGAAAACACCCGAACUCAAGUUGAGGAGUCAAGUCCAUCAGCAGUUCAGCAAGCAGCCUGGGGCAUCUCUGAAACAGAAAGUGAUCUUACCUAUGGAGAAGUGGAACAAAGAUUAGAUUUGCUUCAAGAACAACUUAACAGACUUGAAUCCCAAAUGACAGCAGAUAUACAGACCAUCUUACAGUUACUGCAGAAACAAACCACAGUGGUUCCCCCAGCCUACAGUAUGGUCACAGCAGGAGCAGAGUACCAGAGACCCAUCAUCCGCCUGAUGAGAACCAGCCAGCCUGUAGCAUCCAUCAAGACUGACCGAAGUUUUAGUCCUUCCUCACAAUGCCCUGAAUUUCUAGACCUCGAAAAGUCUAAACUUAAGUCCAAAGAAUCCCUCUCAAGUGGAGUGCAUCUGAACACAGCUUCAGAAGACAACUUGACUUCACUUUUAAAGCAAGACAGUGAUCUCUCUUUAGAGCUUCACCCUCAACAAAGAAAAACUUACCUUCAUCCAAUUAGGCAUCCCUCUUUGACAGAGGCAUCCAUAAGCACUGUAGGAAUCUUGGGUCUUCAUAGGCAUGUUUCUGAUCCUGGUCUUCCUGGGAAAUAAUCAUUUUAUACUAUUUACUCCACAUACAAUGUAAGUGCUUUUAAUGGCUGUUUUUCUUUUUGUAUUUAAAUCCUCUCUACUUGACUCAGGGGCUCACAAGUUACCAUUAUAUGCAAAAGUACUGUAUAUUUUCCUAAAUUGAAGCUUGUAAGGUAAAAUUGUGCAGUUAGGAUGUAAAUAUCUAUAUGAACUCUUUUGUUCCAAAUGGUAAAACUGCCAGCAUCUCAAGGCACCUUAUUUUUUAUUUUUAUUUUUACUCAUGUGCAUGUUAGGAAACUCCAAUUUCUCUUGCAUGGAGACUCCUAUUUACUUUUACUAUACCAGUACUAUGUUAAGAAAAUGCCUUCCAAGAAAAUAUAAAAACAAGAGACAAGUUGUUUAUAGAUACAACUCAGUUGAUCCUCAAUUCUCGGAAGUUCAAAGAGAAGAAAAGGAACUUAGUCACUUUUGAGAACAUAAUCCUCUGUGUCAAGAUGUUUGGAAGUUAGAUUCAUUGCGCUACACUAGGAGAGAAAAAACAUACAGUUCUAGAAUUCUAAAUCUCUGUCAUGGCCAUCUCCAAAUACAUGAAUAUAAGCCAGCAUUAAUGAGGGCAUAGGAACAUUUUUAUUUAAAAUUUUCUUAUCUACUGCUUUCAUCCAUAUCAACUAUUUCCCACAGGCACAUUUUCUUAAAGAGUUUGAAAGACAUUUCUCAAGUGAUUCCUUCCUUCCUUCCUUCCUUCCUUCCUUCCUUCCUUCCUUCCUUCCUUCCUUCCUUCCUUCCUUCCUUCCUUCCUUCCUUCCUUCCUUCCUUCCUCCCUUCUUCUCAUCUUUCCGCCAUCCUUCCUUUCUUCCUUCCCUUCUUUAGUCUUCUCUCUUUUUUUUGUUUUUGGUAGUGUUCAAUGAGAUGGGGGAAAAUCUCCUAAACACAAGCUGAAGUGUUUUACACAUGCUAAAGUGUAAUUGAUGUAAACUAAAAUCCACACCUUUCUUCUGAUUCAAGUUUUAGGACAAUCUCAAUUAGACCAAAAGAAUAGAUGUAAUUCCCUUUUCAAAGAAUGCACAAAGAAUGUGGAUACUUAAUGUGCCCACAUUAGAAAGAGAAUGUGGAUACUUAAUGUACCCAUAUUAGAAAGCCAUAAAAUAAUAUAUACUCAUGGGACACCAGUUUGUUUCCUCUAAAUAUAUAUUAUUCUUUGAAUAUCUAAUACUAACUGUAGAAAAAUAGCAUGCAGUUACUACCAUGUAAAGAAAUGCACACACCAGCAGUAAAUUUCAGUUUUGUUUGGCUAUUCAAACACCUUUGCUAUUGAAAAUAUUGAUGCAACUUUAUUGUAUAUUGGUUAGAGUGAAUAUAUAUUGAUCUCCAAAUAGUAAAAUAUAUAUAGAAUAUAUUUUUAAUAUUUGGGGGUGGAGGUGAAAUGCCAUUCAUUAAAAGCAGGGUAAAGAAAAACAUCAAAAAUAAAUAUAAGAUUCUGAUUAACCAAGUUCUAGUUAAGAUCUUUUUUUUAAUUUACUUGAGUACAGUUUUACAUUUAUUAUAAAUUGACCCAUUGUAUUUUUCCUUCUGAACUAAGUGUUUGACCUUUGUUGAAGAUUUCUUAAUCAUUUUCUAAUUAUUUUGUUGCUGUUGUUUGGGGGCCACACCAGGUGGUGCUCAGGCCUUAUUCUUGGCUCUGAGCUCAGGGGUCACUCCUGGCGGUGCUCUAGGGACCAUACAAGGUGCCAGACAUCUAACCAGUUCAGCCACAUGAAAAGCAAGCAUCAUACCCACUAUACUAUCUCUCCAGCCCAUCACAUUGCUAAUUUUUACAUAAAUAUAUUUCACAGAAUCAUUGCUUCUGUGCAUUAUAAAAUAGAUUGAUUUUUGCCCUUUCAGAAUAGUAAUAUAAUCUAAUGACUUACCUUUAUCUUUGACACUAAUAUAUGGCUUCAAAUUCUUGUGGUUUAAUUUAUAAAAAUAACUAUUGCACUAUUGAAAUAUAACUGAAGUGACCUUAAAUGUUCCCUAUAUAUUUGUAAGUGGUCACAUAGUUGAUAAUCUCUGUGGGAGGCAAUCUCUAGGUCUAUACAUAAAUCUGUUUUUACCCUUGCUAAUUUUCAUGAAAAUAUAAAUGAUCAAGAACAAAAGACCAGUAAAUUCAAUAAAAGUAUAAUAAUUUUGACCAACUUCUUAAACUAUUUCAUGUUAUACACAUGCAAAUUUAGGGACUGCAUAAUGCUUAUCUCUUCUUAUCAGCAAACAUUUAUGGGUACCCAGCUGGAAAGAGAUAAAUGGCUAACUCCGGUUCAGAGGAAAAUUUAGUGAUUUUAUUUUCAUAUUUAGGCACUUUUUUUGCAACUGCAAAGAAUUUCAUGAGAUUGCUGAUCUAAGUGCCAGGGAAAUUCAGACUGAAUUAUCUAGAGAUUAUUCACUUAUACAGAGGAUUUGCUAAGGGGAAGAAUUUAGAUCUCUUUUAUUCAUGAAUGCUUCAGCUGUAACAUUUGGUAUAAUAUGUAUAAAACUCAAUCUCCUCAUAAAGCCUCUAUACUUCUUUAUGAACACUGGAUCUGAGGAAGGGAAAGAUGGAAAUGAAAUACAAGUAUUUGUUUAAAUUCUUCCUAAUAUUCCACAAACUUUGUCCAAUUAAUACCUUGAUAUAAAAUAAUUGAUUAAGAUCUCAGUUUCUGUGUUAGACAGGAUGAGAAAGGUCCCUUUCUACAGGAGAUUAGCUUCAAACGAGCCUUAGCGAUCAAUAUAAAGAUGCAGUCAAUCAGACAUAAAGGUCAGAAGACUCAUGGUUAAGACAACUUAUAAAGGACCAAAGCAGUUGUCUGAAUUUUUGAAAUCCAUACCCUUUUCCUGGCCUAAUAUCUAAUGCUAAAAUCAUUGUCACUUUCUCUCAUGGGUUGUACAAAAAAAAUCUGACUUCCCAUCUUAAAAUCCUGCUGAGGACCAACUAGGUUUUACUGCUACAGCUAACAAUAACAGCAAUAUAACAGCUAACCUUCCAGGCAAUUAAAAACACUAAUCCCUUUUACUUUACACUUAAAAUAUGGUAAAUCCUGGUCUUCAUGCCUACAUAAAAUUUCAAAUAAAUUCUGAAUUUCCUCAGCGUUAGAAGUUUUCCUGACAUUAUUAUUUAUUGGGCAGAGAGUUAAGAUUAAAUAGAUCAUUUUACUCAGGGGAGCCCUAUGAUCUGAAUUAGUUGAUGAGAACCCAGGAAUAAAAAAUGCUGAAGCAACUCUCCUGAAGGAUUUUAAUCCUUAAGAAUCACUCAUUCAACAAAAAUAAGAAUAUGGGAACAUUUGGAACAGCAUAUUUUAUUAAAUCCAUUUUGAUAAGUUGGCUCUAAACUUUCGAGCUCCUCUAAGAAGAUACUGAAACAGAGUUUGGGUAUAUGGCACCAAUUGUCAGGUUUAACGUGGUGUACUCAAUUCAAAGAGCAAGACAGAAUGUUGUAUCAAGCGUGUUCCUAGAAUCAGUGUUUCUAGGACCACUGGGAACUUUUCACAAAUGUGUGUUUUUAGGCCUCACCCAGAACUGCUGAUUCAGAAACACUGAGGGUGGAACCCAGCAAUCAUCUUUUUACAAUUCUUCCUCCAUAGAUUGCUGAAGCACAAAGAAACUCUGAGAGUAAGCAAUAUACACAGGCUCUGAAGUCAGAGCAAGAGCUUGACUCUUAGUAUGAAGUCUGUCAUAACUAUGUGACUCUAUGUUAGUUAACCCCACUCCGUGUUUUACCUGAUCUGUAAAAUAAUAAUAAUAAAAAAUAAUAAUAUUAAAAUGAAUGAUGGUGAUAAUGAUACCUACCACAAAGAAGUUUGAGGGAGUCAGAUAUAAUUGGAUAUAUAGUAAAGUGCCUGGCACAUAGUAAGUGCUCAAAAAGUGCUAGAUUCUUUGGUCCUCUCUUAGGAACAGGACAGUAAAAACAAUCAAAGAAAUAAUUACCCACAGUUUAUCUUUCACAACGUGCUUUGUCUCCAACUAAACAGCUGUCAACAAACUAAAGACUUUGAUUCGCAGAAACCUAAGUGUAACUAUAUUGUUUUAUCUUUCUUUAUUGUACUUUGCACUAUUAGGUUUAUAGCUUUAAAGUAAUGUUAAUUAUAAUAAUGAGUGUGAAUGUCAAUGUUACAAACAGCAGUACUCUGAAUCAGUGUUGAAUGCCAAGUAUGUAAAAGUGAUAUAAUUCAGCACUACCUAAGUGUAUUCUAUCAAGGCUUGCUGUAGAAAGCUCCACUUUAAAUCCAUGAUACAGUUUCCCAAAUAUAUAUUUUAAAAUACAUUUCAAAAUACAAUUUUGAAAUAAAAUAGACUAUUUUUUAAAACAAUACAAUUUUACAGACUAUUCAGGCAUCAAGGCCCACUCACAUAUAUAUCAAACACUUCUAGAUUUCAUAAGCUCUAUUGUUAAACAUAUAAAUGCAAGACACUAAAUGUGGUAAACCUCAAUUCAAAAGACAAUUCAUCAGUGAGUCCUAGUAGCCCAAACAAUAAAAAUGGAGCUAACUUCCUAAAUAUCAUGAAGGGUAUGUUGUAGAAUUACUGAACUAUUUAAAUGGGAGUGUUUUGUGAAAUACACAUUAAAAACAAAACACAUUAAAGCUAAGAAUUGUGCAUCACAACAAAAUUAGUGCUCUGGUGGUAACAUGAUGGAAAAACAUUUUAGGUCUUCUAAAAAAAUCUAUUCUUUCUCCUAACCAAUACUGGAUAUAUUUAUAUUCUGUGAUACAUUUAUAUUCUAUAUAAAUCAUACAGCUCUCAAAGAUUGGUCUGUUCAGUGUAGCAUACCAGUGUUAUGCAAGCUUCCUCUGCUAUAACAUCGCAAUAUUUAUCAAAUAUUGUCUUUGCCCAAUACUUAUAAAACUAUACUCAUAUUGCAGCUGUUCCCUGGAUAGGUAAAAACUUUCCUGUCUUUCCAUCAUUUCUUUAGUGUUCUCAUUCGAAAUUGGUUUUUUUUGUGUGUGUGUUUCUACUUAGCUAAUAAUGAUGUUAACCUUUAAAAAACUAAAAGAAUAAUGAUUUUAGCUGUUUUAUAAAGUAUUAGGUAUUGUGGCUGAUUAAUGACCAAUCUUAAAAUAAUUCAUCAUAUGGGCUUGUGGUACAAUUACACUUUUAUUUAUGCUAUGAGAAUAUGAAAAUAUAGGGGGAGUUUUACAGAAGACACAAAAUAUUAAUGCCAUGAAAAGAAAUAAUCCAGUAAGUGGAGGUUCACAAAACUAACACAAGUUAUUUAAGAGUAACUAUUUGUUACUACAAAUGGAGGUGGGGGAGAAUCCAUAGAAAUCCAGUGUUAAGAACACGGAACAAUAAUCAUCUAAUUUUAAUUUCAUUAUUCUACUAUCAUAAAUAACCCUCUAAAGGAGAACAAGAAUUAUUACAUAAAUAUCCCAUUGACGUAUUUUAUUAUAAAAAUUUAGAACACAAAUAUGGUUACUAUCUAAGUUAAUGUCAAGAUAUAGAUAAAUUUCUAAAUUGCAGUUCUAACGCCAGUGACACCAUUAGUUAUUUUAUGAAAUAAUUUGGUAUACCUGUGAUUUUUAAAAUACUAUUAAGUUUACCUAUUAUUUGCACUUAUACUGUUUCAUUGAUUUUAAAGCAAAAAUAAUUACAACUACUAGCAUUCAAAUGUAUUUUUUUUUCAUACUGACAUCAUAUUGUUUGAGUAUAGAAGGAAAUUUCACACCAAUCCAUAACAUUUAUUUUAUUUAAAAGUGAAAUUUAAAGUUAAAAUUUAUUUUCCAUAAUAUUGAUAUGAAAAUGUUUAUCAAAAGACUGGCCAGUUAAAGAAUAGCACAAUUGAGAAAGUAUGUGUGUAAUCACCUGAAAAUGCCAGUUCUCUAAUAUAAAGCAGCUCUCUCACAUUGGUUUAGUCCUAAGUACCUUGGAAUGCUUUAAGCAUCGCAAAACAAUCUACCAAAACACAUACUAUUACCUAAUCUUUAUGCACAUAAUGUAGCAUGAAAUCAUAACGCUUUUGAAAUACUUGUGCAGAAAUAUUUAUUUUUUAGCAAAUAUUUUCUUCAAAGAUUGACAUGUGAUAUUGAUGGUGUAAUCUACUUGCACAAUAGUUUUUGCAAUAAACUUCUACAAAUAAUUGUAAAUAAAAACUGUAAAUUCAUGUAAAAAUAGUUUCAAAAUUUUGGUAGCUAAAAGUGUACACGUUAUAUUGAAUAUAGUAUAUAUACAUAAUUUAAGAAUGAAGUAUAUAAUUUCUGAUAUUAUUUGUACACGGAAAUUCAAGAAUUUGUAAAAGAAAUUAUUUUGGGGAAAAAGAAAGUAAUACUCACUAGCUGGUUAGGUUACUUUUACUAAAGAAAUCAAUUCCCAACAUUUCAUUCGGUAUAGCACAAGAUAUAGGCAUGGUGGUGCUGAUGUACUUCAUGAAAUCACAUAAUUCUAAUAAUGCUAUAGUUUAAUAAUUCCACUGGGAUGAGUAAGGUGGAGUAUUAAAAAGAUAAAGCAAAAAUAUGAAAACAUACACUUUAUGUUACUCUCAAUUCAAAAUGACUUAGUUAAACAUUCUUGGUAGCACUGUAGCACUGUCAUCCUGUUGUUCAUUGAUUUGCUCUAGCGGACACCAGUAAUGUCUCCAUUGUGAGACUUGUUACUGUUUUUGGCAUAUCGAAUAUGCCAUGUGUAGCUUGCCAGGCUCUGCCAUGUGGGGUGGAUACUCUCGGUAGCUUGCUGGGGUCUCAGAGAAGGAUGGAGAAAUCUAACCCGGGUCGGUCGUGUGCAAGGCAAAUGCCCUGUGCUAUCGCUCCAGUCCAAUAUUCUUGGUAUGAUUCAAAAAAUUUGUGAUGGCUAAGCAAGUUUCAAUGUGAAACAUUGUUAUAAUGUAUGAAAAUAUCAUGCUUGAUCUUUAUAUAAAGAAUGAAAAUAUGCACGUGUUUUUCAUAGUGUUUAAUACAUUCUUAGCACAUUCCCUAGAAUUAUCUAUUAUUCCCCCAAAAUCAAAUUGUCCUGAAAUGAAAUAUUUAAAUAAAAGGCAUUGAUUGCAAUCUGACAUUUUCUAAGCAACAGACUGUUUCUCUAUUUAGUGGCUUAGGUUCCUCACUAUACAUUUGUGAAAUUGGAAAAAAAAAAGAGAGAGAGCAUUUUCCUAUUGGGCAAAUGAAAAAAGAAAAAAACUAGAUAAGGAUUAUCAGAAAAAAAUUGGAUUGUUACCUAUAAGGCUGAUUAGAAAAUGAGAAUCUUAUGUUUGAAAAAGCUAAAUAUUAAAUAAAAUUUCUUGCCAUAAAUAAAUCUGAUCACAAUUCAUUUAGAUAGCCAUGAGAAGUAAUUAAAUGUAUGCAAAAUUUUAAAUAAUUCUAAAAUUGUUUUACAAUGGCUUAUACUUUUCAAAAGAAUUUUAAUUAAAAUGACGAUAGGAUAUUCACACUAACACUGCUUACUUUUUUCUUUGAAAUAUCAGUAAUCAUAGAAAGAUAAAAUGUCAUUAAAAUACUUAAAAGAUAUCUGUAUGCAUGUAUCUCUAAAGUACAGACUCACCUUUGCACCACCAGACACACAAACAGCACACAACACACAUACACACACAUACAUUUAACAGAGGGUAAUAAUCAUGUAAUUGUCCCUGUGUACUAUGUAAUCAUCAUUAAAUGACAAUAUAGCCCAAUUCUCCUCAAUCCUUAUAAACUAUACAAUUUGCCACUGUCUCAGAAUAGCAGAUGAGACACAACUGAAACCUUAAGUAGCACAAAGGCAAUGUCCCUCAUUUCCUAUCAUUAUGGCACAACAUAGUUAAGUGCAGAUGAGGGUAUAUCGAAGCACACCUGAGUUUUGAAUACAGGAAAAAUACACAAAGCUGCAAAUUACCAUGCAACUUGGGUAAAUAGAAUGUUAAGUAAUACAAAGUUUACUUGUUGGUGAGUCAAGAAAAUGUAUUUGUUUGUUUUCUUAAGAAAUAGAUAUGGCAAGAAACAAAAGCACAGACUUCCAAGUUUCAAAUAAUCAGCUAUUGAGUCAGACGAAUUUUUCCUAAGUUACCCAGUGUUUUGCUGAAGAGUAAUUUUGUACUUUGUAUUUUAAAUUACGGGAAUUUUUAAUUCAAUAGAUGGACAUACAUAUGUGACAUUAUGAUCUUAUUCUAGACACAUAUUUCUGAACAAUAGUCAUAUAAAAUCUUAUCUGCAUUCAUCAUUAAAUAUUUAUUUUUCCUUUGUAUCAUCUAAUAUUAUUAAGUCUACAUAUAUGCUUAGGUGAUACUGUAUUGUUGUACAUUUGCUUUUAAAUCUUAGUUCAUUAUGUAUAUGGUUGAAUGAAGACCAAAAUUUUGUGAUCUCUUAUGUAAUAAAAAUGACUAGAUACUGGUAAUAUUUUACAGUUUGGGAGAAAAAUAUGCUAACCUGAAAAAGUCUUGUAUUUUACUUGUUAGAUUUAAUUUGCCAGAUUCUAUCAAAUUGCUUCCUAUCACUUUCCCAGAAAACUGCUACAGUUAAAACAUAUCAUUUAUGAGUUUAUCAAACAUAGGACAAAUAGAAAGCAUAUUUCUGAUAUAGUAUUAUUGUUUGUUCAGAAAAGUGAUGUAAUAAGAUUACACAUGAACUUGAUUUGUAUAUUUUAUUUAAAGGAAAAAUUACAAAUUGAUUUUUUGUUAUUUUUUUAAUUGCACAGACUUUACAUUAAUAAAUUCUACUUUCUUCCA